AUGCAGAGCACUGAUGGUCUGGAAGGGUUCCCAGAUACAUUGGCCUCUCCAUCUUUCUCUCGGGUCACCACUCUGAAAGUACAGUGUAAUGGCCUAAUGGGACAUCCUCCUCCAUUUCACCAUAGUUUCGAGCGAUUUCUAGUACACUUUGACUCAGUCACAACACUACAUGUCCGUGAACAAGACAUCUACAUUCUAAUGAAGCACAUCAUCACCGACUCUUUAUCAGAAAAUGUCCUUUUCCAGGGGCUGCGACAUCUCGUCAUUUUUGAAUUUGACUACAUUGGCGUUUCUUUUUUCGAGUGCAAGUGUCGAUACCAUCCUGGACCGGCUUCUGGCUCUAUUCAGCAAUUCCUUAGGUUACGCAAACAACUAGGCAUGCCACCCAUUCAAGAUUUGACAGUAGAUCUUACCACCGCUGAAUACCAAACGAAGGAUUCGCGACCAGCGCUUAAUAUCGAUCCAGCUCUGGAUAGCUUCUUUGGAAUAAAUAUUGUUUGGAAGGUCGACGAGCGCAUGGUUUAUAUCAGGGAUUGUGAAAAACAGGCGGAAUAG